AUGCAAUCAUACAGCACCCAGCCGUCUCGAAAUGGCGGCGAACCGAUCAUCCAUGACGUCUUUGAGAGCAAUACAGGAACUUGGCAGUAUAUUGUUGCUGACCCCUCGACGUUACAUGCCAUUAUUAUCGACCCGGUGUUAGACUACGACCCAUCCACACAAACCAUCAACACGCAUUCUGCAGACGCCUUGAUAUUGCUUGCCAAGGAGAACAACUACAUGGUCGAUAUGAUCCUCGAGACGCACGCCCAUGCAGACCAUAUCACCGCAGCGUCCUACUUGCAAAGGCGUCUAGCCGAAGACCAGGGCUUCAAGCCACGCAUUGGAAUUGGGAAGCGGAUCGGCCAAGUGCAAGAAACGUUUGCGCGGAGGUACGGAGUUCCGUCAGAGGAAUACCAGAACGUCUAUGACAUCCUUUUCAAUGAUGAUGAAGGUUUCAAGAUUGGUGACCUGUCAGCCAAGGCUAUUCAUCUUCCAGGCCACACUCCUGACCACUUGGGUUAUAAGAUUGGAGAUAAUGUGUUCUGCGGAGACUCACUGUUCCAUGUGGAUAUCGGCACCGCCCGAUGCGACUUCCCGGGCGGAAGUGCCAAUAGUCUCUACAAUUCUGGGCGAAAACUUCUGGAAUUGCCAGACAACGUGAAAAUAUGGACGGGUCACGACUACCCGCCCGCUGGUCGCGAGAAGCCGGUGCCUUGGGUGAGCGUGCGGGACCACAAGCAGAAUAAUGCACAUAUUAAGGAUGGCAUAACGGAACACGACUUUGUGGCCUUGCGUACAAAACGGGAUGCCAAACUAGCAGCACCUCGACUACUCCAUCAGUCUUUGCAAAUGAAUAUCCGGGCCGGUCGGCUUCCAAAGACGACGGACGUAGGAUUCUGCAUGCUUCAUUUGCCACUGAAGUUGAAUGGCGUCAAGUGGUAG